AUGUCUUCCCGCACAACACUCAAGACCAUACGCAAUCAUAUCCAGCACCAAGCUGCACGCUGCCGCGCUUCUCUUCCAGACAUUUCCCUAGCACCCAGACUCCAAGUCAUAGUCACCAAGGCCCGCCAGGGUCCCUUCAUCUUCUGUCUCAGCUUCUAUCUCCUCUCGACUUGUCUCUCAUGGCUCAUCUCAACAAUACAUUUCUCCUCUCAAUUACACGCCCACACCCUCUCUUCUGAUAGCCUUUACGCCUAUGAAACACCACCUUCGGAAAUCACCACAAAACCAUACCAAUGGGCACCUCCACCAUCAUCACCUCUUAAUAUCACCUCUCCCUCAUCCAUUCCCCCCAUCAUCCACCGCAUAUGGCGCGGUGACCUCACCAAGCCCAUCCCCGAAGAAUACAUCAACGCCAGCUUCUCCUGCCAUAACCAGAACCCGACAUACGAGCAAUAUAUCUGGACAGACACAACGGCCCGUCAGUUCAUCGAGGUAUACUUCCCCUGGUUCGCACCCAUAUACAAUGACCAUCUCCUCCCCGUGCAGCGCGUCGACGUGCUCCGAUACUUCCUCCUCUGGCAUUACGGGGGUGUGUACCUGGACCCUGAACUCGGGUGCCAGUGGCCAUUGGAUUUUUUGUUAAUGGGUGCAGAGCAAGAUGGCAAGGUGCUGCUGCCUCAGCACUGGCCGUACGGGGUCGGGAAUGAGUUCAUCGCGAGUAAGCCGAACCAUCCGUUUGUGAUCAAGGUGGCGCUGAGUGUGCAUGAACAUCGAUGGGAAUUUGUGCCAGCAUAUGCUAUGGCUUUUUUGAGUGCUGGGGCGGUGUUGGUGAGUCGGGUGCUGGGCAUGUGGUUGUCUACUGUUGGGGGUGGAGUAGGCAUUGUGCCCGGGGAUAUCUUUGAGGGGACUGAAGAGGCAUUCUUUAUGCGGUUUGUCGGGGAGAGGCUGCGCGGUGAUGAGGUUGCGGUGUCGGAGUGGUUCUUUGGGAAUUGGGUGGGUUGGUGUGCGGCUGGGAUUGCGCUUGGGGUGAUGGGGUUGAUGGUGUUUGGGGUGAGGAGGCAGCCGAGGAAGCGGGGGUAUACUCUGGUGUAG